AUGCCAUCAUUCACCCGUCGUAUACCUCCUUCAACUCCUGCACCCGCAGGAACCCAUCCAUCUCCCUCCACAUCCCUCCCUCUCAUCUCUACAGGUCUUCCAGCAUUAGACGACCUACUCGGUGGUGGUCUACCAUUAUCUUCAAUUCUACUAGUCUUAUCUCCCGAUCCUCAUUCUUCCUGGGGUAAAUUAGUCAGUAGGUAUUUCCUAGCACAAGGAUUGAGUACCGGUCAAAAUGUGAGUGUUAUAAGUGGUGAAGAAGAAGGUAAAGAGUUGGUAAAAGGUUGUAUGUGGAAGGUUAAUGAAGGUAGUGAGAGUGAAGGUGAAGGGAUUGAAGAUGUCGAUAUGGGUGAAAGAGGGAAGAUAGCUUGGAGAUAUCAUUCGAUGAACAAGUUCGAAACUACAAUUUCUACUUCAAAUCAUCUUUCUCUAAUGCACACCAUCCCUUCCACGACCAUACAAAAGAUGGAAGCGGGUAAUCAACUUCGAUACCUACCUCUUACGUCCCAAACCGAUCACAUAUCUUCCAGCAAUAAAUCAGGAAGGGGUAUUCUUGAACACGUGCUUCUCUCUCUACAUGAUGAUAUAAAGAAAAAUGGGAGGAAGGAUCAAGUGGGAAGAUAUGUCUUACAUGAUUUUGGGUCGGCAGAUUGGGGUAAUCUUACUGCGGAUCAAAUACAUCGGUUCUUACAUUCACUCCGCUCUUUGCUCAAGGGCACCAAUUCUUCAGCCAUUAUCACCCUCCCACCCUGGCUUGUCACAUCACCUCCAUCCGAUUUGGAGAGGACAGAAUGGGUCAAUAGUCUUUCUUGGUCUGUGGACGCAUGUAUCGAGUUACGUGGUUUUGGUGACGACCCAACACUCCCUAUCCUCUUCCCUCAAUCUCACGGAACCUUCCACCUUCACUCUUUCCCCACCUCACACACCCUCCUCCCACCAACUCUCCGACAUUCAUCCCUCCUAGGUAUAUCCACCACCACCUCAUCCGCCUCAGGCGGUGGGGGAGCAGGGGAGAAUAACUUGUCAUUCAGAUUGAAAAGGAAAGCUUUCGUCAUUGAACGUAUGCACCUCGGUGUGGAAGGUGGUAUAGGAGAAAGACGUACUGCACCUCCACCAGAUUCAAGGGCAGAUUUACCAACCGAAGGAGUUGAGUCAUCCAUCUCUGGAACCAACCCACAUUCACAUGAUAUCCCCACAUCUUCUCAAGUUACCAACCCGUCGAAAGAGCCGAAUGUUUCAUCAACCUCAAUCUCAAUCUCAACAGGACAAUCGGGGACGAAUAUACCGAGAGGUCCUAAGGAGAAAGAGAAAAGAGUAAAGGUACGAUUUGGUGAAGAAGAGGAAAUACCAAUUAUCGAAGUGAGUAUUGGACAUGAUUCACAAGAUGAACAUAGACAUGAGCAUAAAGAGUCUUUAAAACAAAAACAAAGUAUACGACAUGAUAGGAUGGAUUUAUAUGAAUUUUGA